AUGGAUUACGAGACCCUGCAAAAUCACUACACCCGGUUUUUGUCGUCGCGCGUCGCGGACCGCAAAUUGCGCGCGUUUUGGAGCGGCGCGUUACCCGCACACGUCACCCCGCACCCAGACCCCAUCGAGCUCGCCGCCGGCAUGCCCAACGAGGGCCUCUUCCCCAUCGAGUCGCUGCACGUCAACGUCGUGGACGAGCCGUUUGCGCACGAGCAAUACGCCGUGCGGGCGCGCCAGCUGCACCGUGAUGGAGGUGGCCGUGGCGAGGAGUUCGAUUCCCGCGCGUUCGUGCAAGAUCGUCUCGAGCGCGGGUCGCUCGUCGACGUGUGGCGCUACGACCCGGACCGGCCCGCCGCGCUCAGCGGGGCCGUCGCGUACCAGUACGCAGAGUCGCGCGGCCAGCCUCAGCUGCUCGAGUUUUGCCGGCGCAUUGUCCAGCGCAUCAACCCGCCCGCCUACGACCAGUGGGAUGUGACUCUCGCUCACGGGUCGUCCGACUCGCUUUUCAAGGUUUUCGAGACGUUUUGCGACGCAGGCGUCACGGUGCUCGCCGAGGAAUUCACCUUCACGCCCACGGUGUCCAACAUCGUCGCCGCAGGCGGCACCGUCGUGCCCGUCAAGGUCAACGUGACGCAGGACGCGGAGUCGCAGGGCAUCGACGUCGAGUUUCUCGCAGACCUGCUCGACAAUUGGGCCUCCAGUCGCUACGCGCACCUCAGCAAGCCCCGCCUGCUCUACACCAUCCCCACCGGACAAAACCCCACCGGAACCACGCUCUCGCAGGCGAAACGCCGCCAGAUUUACGACCUCGCCAACAAGCACGACUUCCUCAUCGUCGAGGACGACCCCUACGGCUACCUCAAGCUCCCUGCGUUCGAUCGCGCAGACCCGCACCACAACGCGUACGCCAGCGACGAGCUCAGCGUCGAUGACUACUGCGACAAAGUGCUGUCCAAGUCGUUCAUCACGAUCGACACCGUGGGCCGCGUGCUGCGUCUCGAGACCUUCUCCAAGCUGUUCCUGCCCGGCGUCCGCAUCAGCUUCAUCGUCGCCAACAAGUUCCUCAUCGACAGGAUCGUCGACUUCGCCGACGUGUCUGUGCGCGCGCCCAACGGGAUCGCGCAGGCCGUUCUCGUCAACGUCAUCCACCAUUGGGGCACCAAAUACCACGAUGACCUGCAAGGCUGGCUCCAUUGGGUCAUGAAGGUCGCGAGCCAGUACACUCACCGCAGAAACGUGCUUUUCCAGGCCCUCUACAGCACGGACGCCUACAAAAAGGGUCUUUUCACCCUGACAGAGCCCUCCGCCGGGAUGUUCCUCACUUUGAAACCCAGCUUCGAGAAGUCUGACAAGUUUCCGCUUAGCGAGCGCGAGCGCGCCUUGGACGUGUUCAAUUACAAGCUGUUGGAAGAAGGUGUCAAAGUGGUUCUGGGCACUAAAAUGAUUGUCUGCAGAGAGCUGUCGCUCGACAGGUCUUUUUUCCUGAGAAUCACGUUUGCUUAUGCGGCCGAUGAUCUACAGCUGCAAGAGGCAGCUUCGAGAAUCAGCAGGGCAGUUGAGAGGUUGUUCGACGAGUACUGA